CUCUGUCUCUGUGUUGAUGCUCGCUCGUGUUCUUAGCUGCCGAAAGCACCUCCUCUCCUCUCUCUAAUCAAACUACUCUUACUUCUCUCUCUCUCGGUCGCUGCGGUUGAUAAUUUCCCGAUCAAAUCUGGCCGUCUUCCGAUCCAUAAUUUCCCGGAUAUUAGCGAUUCGACGGAUUCGGGUUCGCCGGAGGAACAGCGGGAGCAGGGAGAUGGACUGGUGGCAGAAGAUGGUCUUCCCCGUCCGGCGGGUUUGGUUGGCGAUCUCAGCUCGCGUCCGAACGAGAAAACACGGUGGAGGGCUCCUAAAACUGAGAAACGAUGUCCAAACAUGCGGAUAUGAAGAUGUCCAAGUAAUGUGGGAAAUGCUGAGGAGAUUCGAAACCGAGACCUCUCACACCACCAAGCGCAAACGCCUCUAUGAGAGAUUGUUCAUCUGGCCCAGCAGAACCUCGUCCAGCCGAGCCAAGCUGUUUAACUAGAAGCUUGAUCUUGGGCAUGUCUAAAAGUGAAAUCUAUUUGAGCUCUUGACCAAUCCUAAAAAUAUGAUGAUCUUAGCCUUGGACUCCUCGUGGGUUUUUCUGGAUCAUGGGAGGCAUGACCAAGUUCAUGACGUCCUAGCUUCUGUUCGCAGCAGAAACAAGGACUUGGUGAACCUGGUAAUGUUGAUACUUAGAAGUGGUGGGUGGAUUGAAGAAAAGGGAAGUAAAACAACAACCCAAGGUUAUUAUCAUCAUUUUUUAAGAUGAGAGCAGAUUUCCUUAUACUGCCCAAGUUUCAGAUCUACAUAUUAUUUACUCAUAUGCUAUGUGUUAAUAUACAUGGUGUCGUAUGUCCUUUGCUUGUGAGAGUGUAAGUAGAAGCUUCUUCUGCUUAUGUUCCAAGUGUUUUAACGAAGUUAGGUCAAUUUUGAGAUGGGAAAGGAUAUACUUUCACGUUAAUAAUGAUAUACAAGUGUACACAUGAGCUGCCUAUUCAUGUGGGCGUAUGAAUGUACAGGGGCCCCAGUCUUUCAGGCAGCUGUGAGAAUGAAAGUGCCAGUUCUUGGUCUAAGGAUUAUGUAUUCAAUAAACUCAUGUUAUAUGCUCUUUUGAUCUUUCCUGUAGCAAGUAAAAAUGCUUUUAAUGAUGAAAGAAGGGAAAUGUCUGGGACUACCCUAAUUAUGA